UGAAACGUCACCUUUCUUUCCGGUCAACCAUUGCGAGUGUGCUUGUUCUCUGUUUCUGAGCUAAGGCCUUUUUCCGGCAACUUGCACGAUUAACAAGUGAUUUAAACACAUCAAAAUGUCUACAAAACCUGAGCUAGCCUGCGUGUACUCCGCCCUCAUCCUCGUUGAUGAUGAUGUGGCUGUUACGGGAGAGAAGAUCAGCACCAUCCUCAAGGCUGCCAAUGUUGAGGUGGAACCCUACUGGCCUGGACUCUUCGCCAAAGCCCUCGAGGGGGUCAAUGUGAAGGAUCUGAUCACAAACAUUGGCUCAGGCGUUGGUGCUGCUCCCGCUGCAGGUGCUCCAGUUGCUGCUGCCGCUGCCGCUGAAGCCCCAGCUGCAGCCAAGGAGGAAAAGAAGAAGGAGGAGGAACCCGAGGAGUCUGAUGACGACAUGGGAUUCGGGCUGUUCGAGUAAGGGCCCCAUUCUUUGUACAGUUUUAAUGUACAAAUCAAGGGAAAAAUAAAACCUCUUUCCAUGAAGAAA